CUUCCUGCUGUCAGACUGAUCCUCCCUCUGAGCUUCGGAGAGAGCGGAUAGCGCUAUCCAGCUCCUUUGUGUCUGAUGUCUGUUAUUAAUCUAAAAAACAUCGCGCUAUUUUAUUUACAGUGCGCUGUUUAAUGAAGCUACGGAACACUGGAUAUAAUAAUAAAGUAAAGAGAUAAGGUGAGGGAUGUCCUACUAUUCCUCCUCAUCAUCUCGCGGCUCGUCCCGCAACUCGGAAUGCAAAGUGUACGUUGGAGAUUUGGGCAGUGGAGCUGCUAAAGCUGAGCUGGAGAGAGCUUUCAGCUACUACGGCCCUCUGCGCAGUGUCUGGGUGGCAAGGAACCCACCUGGUUUUGCCUUUGUGGAGUAUGAAGAUGCCCGGGAUGCAGAGGAUUCUGUGAAAGGAAUGGAUGGAAAGGUUCUCUGUGGAUCUCGGAUUCGCGUCGAGCUGUCCACCGGCAUGUCCCGGAAAAGCCGAUUUGGUCGACCCAACCGCCGCCAGUUUGACCCAAAUGAUCGCUGCUAUCAGUGCGGAGACAGAGGACACUACGCUUAUGACUGUUACCGCUUCAGCAAAAGGGGGCGUCGUAGCAGGUCUCGAUCUCGCUCUCGAUCCAGGUCCAGGUCCAGGGGACGACGCAACCGCUCACGCUCCCGAAGCCGCAGCAAUGAACGGAGAUACCAUUCUCCAUCUUAUUCAAAACGCAGGAGCAGGUCUGGUACUCCAGCCCGCUCCAAGUCCAGGACUCCUGUUCGGAGUCGGUCUCGGUCUCGCUCUCGGUCCAGAUCUUUCUCGCGAUCUCGCUCUCGAUCCAGGUCUCGCACACCCAACGCUAAGAGGGACAGAUUCAGCCUCAUGUUGGUUAGCUACAGAGGGUGACCGAGAUCGCAAAUCUCCAAAAAAAAAUGUCAUGAUCAGACAGCGGUGACCAAUUGCUGCAGGCUGUUCUUGUUUUUCUCUAAAGAGUGUGGGAGUCGACGGCUCAAGCACUGACCAGGGUUCAUCCUUGCCAUGUUAAACGUCCUCCAGGAGGGUGACAAAAGAGCUAACCUGAGAUCAGCCUCCGCCACGGUGAUUUAGAGAUCGUCCGACGCACAGUUCUGACAAGACACCUCCUGCGCGUACACAAACAGUUGUUCCACCCACCCCACUCCUAUCCCGAACCUAUGCACUACUACUACUACUACUACAGCAGACCAGAAUGCCCCCCUUCCCUCCAAAGCUCCGCCUUCUUGCUUAGCUUCUGAGAAGGGUUGUGAGAGAGAGAGAGGAGAGAGAACUGGCGAGAGAUCAGACUUCAAGACCCUCCGAGUGUGUCUUCGAGUUCUAGCAUCCGUCGCUUCUCUGUAUGUUGUUUCCGCCACUGUCUCCUAAAGGUAACCAAAACCCAAGAGUUAAUGUCCUUCUUGAUAUGAGCCCUGGUUUACAGUAAAAUCCAGAUUCUUUUGUAAACAUUUGCUUUAUGCAGUGUGUGUAGAGCAUGCACUGAUUAACACCGCUGUGAAUGAGUGAGUGAAUAAUUGAAAAGGCCUCCAUUUCAACAUUGUUUUUAACAUGCUCUUGUCGACUUGUCCCCUUAAUUUUCUCCUUUUUUUAUUCUAAAUACCAUUUUAAAGAGCAUGAUUGAUCACUGACCCCUGAUUGAUUUGAUUAGCUAAAACUUGAUUUCUGAUCUCAUCAGUAAAAAUGUAAUGUUAGGUAAGAGAGAGUGAAACUCCAUGUAAAUAAAUUGUAAAAGUUUUUAUUAAAGAUACAGUAUUGUUACCAUUCAAAAAUUCAUAGCUAAUAAUAGAGUUUCUAACAGUAAGAAAUUUGCAUUAUAGAGAUUGAAUUUUGGAUAUAGUCCAGUAAAAUUCUGUCAACUGUAUCCUGAUAGAAUUUAUUCAGCUCUGGUCUGACAAAAUUCCAUCUACUGUAACCCAACAAAAUUUCAGACAGAGUUCCUUCAACUGUAACCCAAUAAAAUUUCAGACAGAGUUCCUUCUACUGUAACCCAAUACGAUUUCAGACAGAGGUCUGUCUACUGUAACCCAAUAGAAUUUCAGACAGAAGUCUGUCUACUGUAACCCAACAAAAUUCCAGACAGAGGUUCGUCAACUGUAACCCAACCAAUUCCAGACAGAGGUCCGUCUACUGUAACCCAAUAAAAUUUUAGACAGAGGUCUGUCUACUGUAACCCAAUAAAAUUUCAGACAGAAGUCUGUCUACUGUAACCCAACAAAAUUCUAGACAGAGGUCCGUCUACUGUAACCCAAUAAAAUUUCAGACAGAGUUCUUUUAACAGUAACCCAAUACAAUUUCAGACAGAGGUCCAUCUAUUGUAACUCAAUAAAAUUGCAGACAGAGAUCUGUCUACUGUAACCCAAUAAAAUUUCAGACAGAAGUCUGUCUACUGUAACCCAACAAAAUUCCAGACAGAGGUUCGUCAACUGUAACCCAACCAAUUCCAGACAGAGGUCCGUCUACUGUAACCCAAUAAAAUUUUAGACAGAGGUCUGUCUACUGUAACCCAAUAAAAUUUCAGACAGAAGUCUGUCUACUGUAACCCAACAAAAUUCUAGACAGAGGUUCGUCAACUGUAACCCAACCAAUUCCAGACAGAGUUCCAUCUACUGUAACCCAAUAAAAUUUCAGACAGAGUUCUUUCAACUGUAACCCAAUAAAAUUUCAGACAGAGGUCCGUCUACUGUAACUCAAUAAAAUUGCAGACAGAGGUCUGUCUACUGUAACCCAAUAAAAUUUCAGACAGAGUUCCUUCAACUGUAACCCAAUACAAUUUCAGACAGAGGUCCAUCUAUUGUAACCCAAUAAAAUUUCAGACAGAGGUCCGUCUACUGUAACUCAAUAAAAUUGCAGACAGAGGUCUGUCUACUGUAACCCAAUAAAAUUUCAGACAGAAGUCUGUCUACUGUAACCCAACAAAAUUCCAGACAGAGGUUUGUCAACUGUAACCCAACCAAUUCCAUACAGAGGUCCGUCUACUGUAACCCAAUAAAAUUUUAGACAGAGGUCUGUCUACUGUAACCCAACAAAAUUCUAGACAGAGGUUCGUCAACUGUAACCCAACCAAUUCCAGACAGAGUUCCAUCUACUGUAACCCAAUAAAAUUUCAGACAGAGUUCUUUCAACUGUAACCCAAUAAAAUUUCAGACAGAGGUCCGUCUACUGUAACUCAAUAAAAUUGCAGACAGAGGUCUGUCUACUGUAACCCAAUAAAAUUUCAGACAGAAGUCUGUCUACUGUAACCCAACAAAAUUCCAGACAGAGGUUCGUCAUCUGUAACCCAACCAAUUCCAGACAGAGGUCCGUCUACUGUAACCCAAUAAAAUUUUAGACAGAGGUCUGUCUACUGUAACCCAAUAAAAUUUCAGACAGAAGUCUGUCUACUGUAACCCAACAAAAUUUCAGACAGAGUUCCUUCAACUGUAACCCAACAAAAUUUCAGACAGAGUUCCUUCAACUGUAACCCAAUAAAAUUUCAGACAGAGUUCCUUCAACUGUAACCCAAUACAAUUUCAGACAGAGUUCCUUCAACUGUAACCCAUCAAAAUUCCAGACAGAGUUCCGUCAACUGUAACCCAAUAAAAUUUCAGACAGAGGUCCGUCUACUGUACCCCAAUAAAAUUCCAGAUAGUGGUCCGUCUACUGUAACCCAACAAAAUUCCAGACAGAGUUCCGUCAACUGUAACCCAACACAAUUCGAGACAGAGGUCUGUCAACUGUAACCCAACACAAUUCGAGACAGAGGUCUGUCAACUGUAACCUAACACAAUUCCGGACAGAGGUCUGUCAACUGUAACCUGACAGAAUUCUGUGAACUGUAACCCAACAAAAUUCCAGACAGACUUCCUUCAACUGUAGCCAGACGGGUGUUCUGUCAAGUGUAGCUAGACAAAAGCCCAUUAACUGUAGCCAGACAUUAAAUUUGUAAUUAUUGAUCACUUGACUAAGGCAAGUGUUUUCACAAAUUAAAAAGUGCCAUUUGGAGCAGUAGAGUCGGCAAGAGCCUGUACAAAAAUAAAAACAAUAUUGAGCUGGAGGCAGUGUGUGCGUGUAUGUAAAAUGCACAUGCAGCACUGUGUGUAUGUGUGGGUGUUUUUUCACUUAUCUAACCAUGGUUUAUAGGGCUUCUUUGGGUUUUUCUCAACUGACAGAGGCAUUGCAACUACAAUAAGUUCAACCACAGUAGUGUGGAUAUCUUCCUGGUGCUGAUGGUAAAGUAUGAGGAAAACAUUUCAGAGUAGGUGGAUCAUACGAGAGCAGUGCUCCUGGGUUGUGAACUGGUAAUAAUAUCUGUCUCGAGAUGAUGCACUAUAGCGGCACAGUCAAGAGCAAUCUGCUCUUGACAGAUCUCUUGGCAGAUUAAAUCUGCCAUCAUUUAAUUUUAUGGUCUUAAGUAACUUGCUCUCAGCUCCCUCCCUGUUCUUUAAUUCUAUAAUUCUGAUAUUUCUUAAAGAGUCCAUAUCAAACAUUAGUCUUGAUUUUUUUUAUUCUGUGUUAAAAUGGUAGCUUUAUAUACAUACAUUUAUACAUUUAUUUAUACAUAUACAUACAUUUCAGAAUUACAUUUUCAGAUAAAAAAAAAAACAAAACAUAAAGCCACAAACAAGAUUGCAAGUUAAUGCUUUGUAAUUGGUAGUUGUGCGAUUGGUUCAGUCGGAGAGAAUUUAAUUUAUGUAAUCGGAUUUUCACAGCACAUUUUACACCUUACAAGUACAUUACAAUUAAAUAUUUUAAAUGUUUUAAAUGGCAUGUAAAAGUAGUUCACAUAUACCAGUACACCCUUGAGAUUAAACUGUUUAUGAUAUGGGCCCUUUAAGCUUUUGGAGGAUUAAAUUGCUUACUAUUAUAUUUUAUAGCUUUAACAGAAUUAGAGCUGUUCCUGUUGAUUUUAUUAGUAAUAAAGUAAUUGGCAGACUCUACAAGUUAGUUGCCCAGUUAAUUUAAUGGUUUAAAAAAAGACUUUUUUUUUUUUUUUUGACGUAACACUUUCUGGUACAUACAUAAUUUAAAAAGAGUAUUCAUGGUGUCAAUCACAGCUGAUUAAUAAACCUUUUUCAAAACUAAUCAGAUGCAUUUUAUUAAUCGUGACUGCCCUAUGCAGACUUUUCUUUAGAUAUUUAAGUAUCUGUUGACCCCAAACACUAACCCUGUGAAAGAUUUGAAUCUGAAAAGGUUGGUAGAUGAGUGAGCAUUGAAGCAGAGCCGUUGAGUGAGAACAGGGGCAGAGCUGUGAUAGGUGUUUAAUGGCUGUGGCUUUGUGUCGAAAUACACAUGCUCUGCAUUCACUCCCUGUUUCUGUCUGUUCCAGCCGUUCCAGGUCCCCCAGCCAGAAAAACAGCCCAGCCCCAGACGAAGACCUGGAGAAGAACCUCUAACUCAAUCACUUAACUUCCAUACUUACUUAUCUUACUUAGUUUCCUACCCCAUAUGAAGGUGUAUCUUAAAUUUGUUGGUGUUUAAUUUUGUUGUUAAGUUUUGUUCAAUCAGUUUUUGUUGUUGCUUUUGUUUAUCCCAACAUAUUUCCACAGUUUAUCCUGAAAAUAAUAGGGUAGUUCUGGCUCUUAUACAUGUGUGUAUUUUUCUUUCUUACAUAGUAAACGGAAAGAAAUGAUAGAUGGUCUAAAAGGGCUGUUUUUGUUGUUUUGUUUCCCCCUCUCACCCCUGAUUGGUGUGUAGAUGUACACUGGAAAUGAAGAAAUUAAUAAAGAGUUUGCAGCAUGA